AUGAACAAUUCAUCUUUUAUCUACAGUGUAUUCCAAAGCAUCUGUUCUUUUACUAGUGUUGCAGACGAAAAUUUCAAACAAGUCAAAAUUUCGAAAAGCCUUAUAGAAUCAUUCUCCUACCUUACGGACUAUAACAUCAAGGCUUACAAACUCCUCGAAACUGAUGAGAAUAAGAAAAAAUUCUUUGUAAAUAAUUUUUUGCCAAAUCUUAUAGAAGAAUUCGCCCAUUCGCAGUACAAUGAUGUUGACAACUUUGCUGAUGUUAAUUUUGGAGAAAUUUUUGAUGCAGUAAAAGAUGAAAUCGGAAAAGCUUACACAGAGCUUCCCAGCUUCAGAAAUAUAUUCCCAGCUGAAUAUUGCAUCAACCUAAUAUCACAGACAGACUAUUCGAUCCUCUUUGACCAACAAAUUAAGAAACCAGAUCAUAAAAACCUCUACAUCGUUAAGUAUCCGGUAGAAGUGAUCGGAACAAACUUUGAAGAGAUCAAAAAGUCAUCAAAAGAAGAUAAAAGGAUCUUAGAUCAACUUGAAGAAUCGAUUUACAACUUACAGAUGGAUAUGGACCAAUACCAAGCUUCCCUUUUAAGAAACUUCAUUCACAAAGUUAUUCCUUCAGAGAAAAAUAAACUCAAAACUGAUUAUAACUUAAUCAGGAAAAAUAUUCUGGAUUUAUUCAAAACAGGUAUCAAUGCAUCGAUCGGAAAAAUCAUGAAUACCCUCAGAAGCAAACUAAUUACAAAGGAUGAUCUUAAUUCCGAUUCUUGGAUCGCAGAUUUCUUGGAAUUCCACAAUGACGUUGUUGCAAGCGAAAUUCCAGUCUACUAUCCACUUUUAGUAGCAAUAAUUGAGCUGAAGUUCAUGAAAUCUCGUGAAAAUGUUCUUAAUAACUUCAAAUUCAAUGCAGAAAAUGAUCCUCCUACCACAUUCCAACCAGAUUGUCCUUUUAAGAAUGGAGAAACUAAGGAAUGCCUUGAAAAUGCAUUUACAGUGUUGAGUACCUGUUUAAUUAAUUUGAAUACGAACGCAGAUCCGAAUAAAGGUAUUAAAUACAAUGAUGCUGUUUUCUAUUUCGAUACAAUGUAUGACUUCAUUAUAUAUAAACCAAAUCCUGUUUCUCAUGAGAAUUUGAAAGAAAAGAAAUACAUUUCCACAGUUUUCCAGCGUUUAUUCAACUGUCGUCUAUCUUUUGCAAAUUACUUGAAGAGCUUCAGUAACCUCGCAAAGGAUCCUGUCGAAUUCCUCAGAAUACCAAAAGAAAUCGAAGAAAAUAAUAGAAAAUUAGCUGAUAGUUUAUCAAAUGAAUUCUAA